AACAUAGACUGUGGGUUUACAACGAGGAAAGCGGAGACACGAUUACAAUGAAUUUGUAAAUAAAAUCAAACAAAUCUUGUAGAGACAUGAGACUCGCUUUAUACGCGUUUUGCGGCUUUGCUUUUGGGCUUUUGCUCGUGGGUUUGCGGGAAUUAUUGUUUGGUUUCGGGGAGAACCGAUGCAGCAUGACAUACAUGUUCGAGUACCCAGAAUACCGACGUGUGCAGCUUCCGAAGCGUGUUGCGCGCCAGUACCCAUCAUACGGGCUGUAUCUGUAUGGAGAGGGCGCAUAUGCUCAGGAGACCAGAGGACUCAAGCUCACUGGCGCUCCUGUGCUCUUCUUGCCUGGGAAUGCGGGCAGCUACAAGCAAGCUCGUUCUCUGGGUUCAGUGGCAUUGAGGAAGGCUGAGAACCUGGACAGGCGAAUCCAUAUGAACGUGUUCACCAUCGACUUCAACGAGGAGUUGGUGGCCCUGUAUGGGGGCAGUUUGCGCAGACAGACUCAAUUUCUACAUGAAAGCAUCAAAGCCAUCUUGCGCCUUUACAAGGACCGUCCAGACCCUCCCACAGGUGUGGUUCUGGUGGGUCAUUCCAUGGGUGGAGUGGUGGCAAGAGCGUUGUUCACCCUGGCACGUUUCAACCCACGCCUGGUCAGCCUCAUCAUCACCCAGGCCUCACCCCACCAGGCACCUGUCCUGUCUCUGGAUCCUUAUAUACUGGAGUUUUACUCUACAGUCAGGCAUCGCUGGGCCACAAAUGCUGAAGACCUUCGAAAUGUAACAGUUCUCUCUGUGGGUGGUGGUUACCUUGACUUCCAGGUGCGCUCUGGUUUGACAGCACUGUCCUGCCCCAUUGAUGACCUCAAUAAGAUGUCAGUAGUGGCGACUGCAGUUCCCCGAACCUGGGUUUCCACAGAUCACAUUUCCAUCGUUUGGUGCAAGGAGCUGGUUCUGGCCACAGUCCGGGCGUUCUUUGACCUUAUUGAACCUGAAACGGGGCAGUUCACAGAGAGUCCUGAGAAGCGAAUGUCAGUGCUGAACUAUCACUUCUUUAGACAUCCAGUGCUGCAGCCUGGAGGAGCUCAGGAUGCCCCUGUCACUUUCUCCGCUCCUGAGGCGUGGAAGGAGGUCAACACACUCCGUCUGUUCUACAGUGCCCCCAAGGAAGCUCAAGUCAUGUACUUCCUGUUUGCCCUCUCCAGUCGAAGGAAAGCCUACAGUCAUUUCCACUGCCGCAGUGAUAAUAUGGAAAUGACCAGCUGGCUGUAUGGCUGUACACAGAUGAGUGGCUCGAUGUGUGUUCAGGCAGUAGAUCUCUCAUCUCAGACAGAGCUUCUUCCAGCCUAUAAGGCUGUUACAGUGAAAAUCAGUGAACUUUUGUCUGUCUCUCAUCUCAUCAUUGACGCCUCAAACCCCAGUGGAACAGAGUUUGUAGUGGAGUGUGAGCUGCAGAGAGAGGAGAGCUUGACUGUCUCAGUGCAGGUGCCUCAUGUGCUGUCCUUUGGUCUGACUGUUAGUGACAUCAGCAUUAACUCCUCUGGGCUGCUUCAUACACUACAGCUGCAAGACUUUCAUCAGGUCUAUCAAGCUUUCAGAAUAACAAUCACUAGUCACUGCAAAACCACUAAAGACAGACUGCCCAGUGUGUACAGACUGAGGGUACCUUGGUUUCGUGAAGACUCCUUUGAUACGGCAAGUAUUCCUUCGGUAUCUGACAUCUACAGCAUGCUUCACACCAGCCGCCCAGACAACGCCUCCAGUGCCCUCCUGCAGCUCCACACUGCCCCCAACUGCCAAUACAAGGUGUCUAUUCGGACUUCGUUCCCCAAAGUGCUUGGGCAGAUUCUGUGUUUCUGUGGUCCAGUUCUGCCUGUCUAUUCAGCUGUAGUGCUUCUUCUGAUGAUCAGGGCUCAGCUGAGCUCCAUCAAAAGAUCUGGGCAUCCUGCUGGAAUCCAAGAGGGCAUGAGUAAAUCGUUACAGCUCCACAAACUGGAACUGCCCAUCCUCCUGCUGCUGCUGCUGCUCAGGCAGAGCUGGUUUCAGGAUGUCUGGUCCUCUCUGGGACUCCCUGCGGUGGAUUCUCUUCCUCUAAACUCUGUGGAGGACAUAUCCCAGGAUCCAAAGGCCUCUGUGCAGGAAUGGCCCCGUAUAGUGUCCCCACUGCUCUGUGUGCUAGGUUCAUCCAUUGCAUUCUGGGGUAGCACAGUCCUCAGAGUGUUUGUCUGCUUCCUGUCUUUUUUUCUUGCUCCACUUCACAGACCUUCAGUGUCCCGGGAUUGCGGCACGCUUCGUCUUCAUUCUCAGAUUCUCCUGAUUAUCUUUUUAAACGUGCUGGGAGGUGUCACAUGUGGAGCACUGGCUCUUAUGGUCUCCUCUCUUCUCCACCUCUACAGGGUGCUUAGAUUACAGAUGACCGAGAGGUCACUGAGCCACAUGUUGAACCUGGCGCCCCAGAAAGUUUCACAAAAAUCAGAAAAUGGUUUCCGUGCCAGUGAUGGUCACAGUAAGGUUAAAGAAUGUAAUGGCAGCCCUCUACUGACAGAAUCAGUGCUACAAGACGUCAGAGAUGAUCUGCAGCUCCACUUUAGUCUGUCCACACUGCUUACUCUUACCAUGAUGCUUACCGUCCCUUCCCUUAUCCACUGGAGACACAAUCUCAGAUAUUGGGUUCAUCUGGAUCCUGACCCCUGCUGGCCUCACGUUGUACCCCUGCUCAUCAGCUCUGUUCUGCUCAUCAACUGUAACACAGAUACACUCCUGCGCAGCAGACUGAUGCUGAAUCUGACGCUUCAUCUGCUGUUGCCGCUGUGUGUGGGAAUGCUGGCUUUUUGUCCGCUGCACAUUUACAGAGUCACUUAUUUCCUGUCUGCAGCUCUGACCCUCUUGGUCUGUUCUUGCUACUUUUGACCUCCCUACGAACUUUAAACGUGAGUCUGCACUGAGAUUAAAACAAGACCUGGGCUUUGUAUCAAUUCAGAGCAGAUUAGACCAAAACAGCCUUAGAACCCUUUGUGUGUUCAGUGGGAUCACAUGGACUAGUGACAUCAGUGGACCAGCCCAUCCGGAGUCAUGUGACAUGUCGUUUGUCAUCAUUUGUAGCUUCUGUACAGGGUAUUAUACUUGUUAAUGGUGGUAUGUCUGUAUUCAUGAGCAAUACCUCUUGUUCGUAAGGCUAGUUUCCCAGACACAUUAAGCCUCGGCCUGAACUAAACUAAGUCUAAGACUGUAUUUAAUCAGUGUGUGAGAAACUAGCCUGUACUUGUGUGUGUGUGUGUGUGUGUGUGUGUGUUGGGCUGUGGGAGUGUAUAUGUCUGAUUUAGUAUUCAUUUGUAAACCUGAAGUCAUAAUUGAUAGGGAUACACAAUAUAUCGGUAUCAUUUCAGUUGUCAGUGGAUAUUAGAGGUUUUUUAAAUAUUUAUUUAUUAAUUUAUCGGUAUCUGGUAUUUCUCUUUCUUCAUAUUGCGCAUUAUAAUUUCAGGAUGCCUAAAAUUCAUUUGUAGAAUUUCAGUUUUUAGUCCGUUAUUUUGAGCGAAUUCAUAAAAAUUUUAUAUAAUUUUAGUAUCAGCCAUGUUAUGGUUAUCGGCCAUAACACUUAUUAUUUAUCUGUAUAUGCCAGAAUUUUAAAAAUGGUGUGCUAUCAAUUGACCCUGUUUACUUCCUGAUCUUGUGCAUGACUCAUCAGUGCAUGUUAUUCCAAAGAUUUUUUUUAUUUUUUUAUUUCUGAUUAAAUAUUGAGAAAUGGAGCAGUAAGAACACCAUCUACAUUUGCUCCAAUCCAGAUACAUGUUCAUUAUUUUAUUUUACGUAUUGAUUCAGAUCAUUGUGGUGUGGAUAGUGACUGAAAAGUCCAUAGUUUCAUAGUAAAUGCAUUGUAAAACCAUUGGGAACUGUUCUGUUUGCUUAAACUAAUGUUGUCACUUUCAAACGAGGCUUUUCUUUUUUCUGUUGACUCCGUUUUAUUGACUGAAGCCUUUGCUUCAGUUCUGAUUCACAGUAUCAACAAUUUUUAAUCACAUUACAGAAUUAUUUAACAAUUUUGUAGUUGAAAAGCUGCAGAAAAAUGCUUUAGCAAUUAAUUCCAGCCACCGCUAAUAUAAUAUCCGAUCAAGCUUUGCAGAUCUUGCAAAAAAAAUUGUGUAUCAUAUACACAUCUAACAUGUCACAUUACGGAAGUAAAAUGGGUUAGCAAUGCAUUUUCAUGCUGACUUUAAAGGAUGUAAAAGCAGCUUUAGGUGUUUGUUCAGCUUUUCUGCAAUUCACAUGUCUAUGUAUGAGCGUGACUGGAUCUCUUUGCCCGUUCUAUCUUCGAUCUGUCAUUUCUGCCUUAAGCCAUUUAGCUUUGAAUGCACAUGUAAUGCCUGUAGGUGCUGGAGUACCUCUGUGUUAGACAGAUCACUUCUUAUUAACACCCUUUUGCAUUAGCCCAAGCUGUAAGGCGAGUCUGAGUUUCGCGAGGUGCGAUCGCAAAACUGGACUGACAAGCAAUAUGAUAAUUCAUUUUAUAUCGGUGUGCACAAUUUGUGGUGUUGAAAAGACAUCACAGUUACAUUUAUGGUUAUAGCGUCUCUUAUAACCUGAGACAAAUUGUUCAGUCACAGUAGCCAUGAGAUUGUUGUUUUUUUUCCCUGUAAUGUUUGAUGAAUGCUGUUGAUGGUCCGUCUGUGUUCCUCACACAUUGCUCACACAGCAGCAUCCAUCUGAUCUGUCAUCAUUUGAUCUGCUCAUGACGGCUGAUUCAGGAUCGCUUACCUGAGAGCUGAAAUUAUACUUUGUCAUCCUGAAUCAAAUGAGAGAACGGUGCCUUUCUUGUAAUAUGCCCCUGCUUCUCUGAUACCCAUUCGCAAUUUAACCUUCUCUUCAUUGAGGACGGAUGUCAGUCCAUCCAAGUAGUCCGUAUUUAAAUCAGACGUCCUCCUCUCACAGGAUGUACUUGACCAAAAACACUCAUAUGGCACAAAAUUGUGUUUUCUGCACUGUGAAUGUACCUGAAUGUGUGUGUGUGUGUUUGAAUCAUUUUGCAGUGAGCUUUGAUGUUUGUUGUGCUCUGCCUCAUUCUAAAUUUGAGCUGUUUUUGUGGUGAAAGUGUGAAAGGCUGCCUUUUUUCUAUCAAUAUGAUUGUGACUUAUUGUUUUCAUUGGUGUUCACUGUGAUGUGCCACAAUAUUUGGAGGCCAGGAUCUGAUUAUAUGUCUCAAAGCAAGAACUGCUAAUUCAGGGCCAGAUCUGUCCUGAUUAUGUAACAAUGAAGCCAAACGGAUCCAACAGCAACUCUUUAACAGUGCAGCAAUGACAGCAAUGUUUGUAUUGAUGCUAGUAAGGCUUCUUCUGUGGAAAUGUAAUGAAGAAUUUGCUCAUUUUGUUUAAUAGAGACUGUUGUUGUGAUGUGGUUAAUAGCUCUGCUGUAGCAGCUAAAUAUUAAUAGUAAAGACCCUAGAGGAAUGUGGUUUUAUAAAUACACUACCAUUUAAAAAGUUUGGGGUCAG